AAGAACAAGGUGCCUGUGUGAGCUGUGGGUGGUGAUAUCUGUGGCCUUUGGUGACCACGUAGUUGUAGAAAAAUUUGCUAGACUCAUCUUCACGUGUGAACGCAACGAAAUGCUCGGGCAUGUCACCAAGGCCAUGGGCAUUCUAUGCGGCAGCGUGGCUGCCGUCUCGCUAUACUGCGAAGAAUCCAAGAAACGCCAAGUGCAUGCUUCGUGGACGACCGAUUUCCAGCCCUCUUCUCACUGGGACUUCAACUGGGACAGGCGGGACGCCGAGCAUUGCGCAAGGCCUCCGGCUGACUCCUCGGAAGAAGAGAAGCGUCGUUAUGACGAAGAAGUGCAGAAAGCGAAGGCGACUGCAACGCGAUAUUUGUACCUAAUUCGACAUGGAGACUUCACAUUUUACGAGGAGCCGGACAGGGAUCGCACGCUCACAGAACUUGGCCGCAAGCAGGCAGACUUGACCGGCCAGCGGCUCAAGCAGUUGGGCAUCCCUUUCUGCCAGCUGACCCACUCGACCAUGACGCGUGCAGUCGAAACGGCCGAACUGAUCCACCGGCACCUGCCACGGCUCCCGCGCUUUCAGUGCGAUCUCAUCCGUGAAGGGGAACCCAUGCCUCCCGAACCACCGUUUGGAAUAUGGAAGCCGCAAUCCAAGGUACUAGAUAUCUUCCUGACCGAUGGUUCCCGCAUAGAGGCCGGCUUCCGCAAGUACUUCCACCGCGCUUCGCCCAGCCAGAAGCAAGACUCCCACGAGAUCAUCGUCUGCCACGCCAACGUCAUACGAUACUGCAUAUGCAGGGCCCUGCAGAUUCAACCUGAAGCCUGGUCCCGCAUGAGCCUGACCAACUGCAGCAUUUCGGUGGUGAAGAUCGCCCCCUCAGGACGGGUGACCCUGCGCUCCCUGGGCGACCACGGCCACCUGCCCGUGGGGUUCAUCACGGCCGGCUAG